CAUUGUGGUGGGCACGCCCGGGCGCAUGGAAGACCUGAUAUCCGGAGGUCAACUGUCGCUGACUCAGUGUCGCUUCUUCGUACUGGAUGAAGCGGACGGGCUGCUCAAGCAAGGGUACACUGAACUCAUUGAUCGUCUGCAUCGGCAGAUCCCUAAGAUUACGUCUGAUGGCAAACGCCUACAGAUGAUCGUGUGCUCGGCCACACUUCAUGCUUUUGAAGUAAAAAAGAUGGCGGAACGACUGAUGCAUUUCCCGACUUGGGUUGACCUGAAGGGGGAGGAUGCAGUACCUGAGACAGUACACCAUGUUGUGGUUAUGGUGGAUCCACAGAAGGACAACUCCUGGCACAAUCUGCGGAAACAUGUACAGACUGAUGGCGUACACCACAGCGACAAUGUGCGGCCUGGCAAUAACACUGCAGAAACCUUGUCAGAGGCAGUGAAGCUGUUGAAAGGAGAGUACUGCGUGCGAGCCAUUAACAAACACAAGAUGGACCGAGCCAUCAUAUUCUGCCGAACCAAACUGGACUGUGACAACCUUGAAAAAUAUUUUAAUCAGCUCGGUGGAGGACCUAACAACCGCAGUAACCCCUACUCUUGUGUGUGUCUGCAUGGUGACCGCAAACCUCACGAGCGCAAAGCCAACCUGGAGCAGUUCAAACGACAAGAAGCCAAGUUUCUUAUCUGCACCGAUGUGGCUGCCAGAGGCCUUGAUAUUUCCGGAUUACCUUUCAUGAUCAACGUGACACUCCCAGAUGAGAAGAGUAACUACGUGCACCGAAUUGGGCGUGUGGGGCGUGCUGAGCGCAUGGGCCUGGCAGUCUCGCUGGUGGCUGCAGUACCAGAGAAGGUGUGGUUCCACGGUGAAUGGUGCUCCUCUCGCGGCCGCAAUUGUUGGAAUACCAAACUCACUGACCAUGGUGGCUGCUGCAUUUGGUACAAUGAGAAGCAGUAUCUGGCUGACAUAGAAGAUCACCUCAAUGUAACAAUCCAACAAGUUGACCCUGAUAUUAAUAUUCCAGUGAAUGAGUUUGAUGGGAAAGUUACUUAUGGACAGAAGAAAUUGAAUGCUGGGUCUGGAUAUGAGAAUCACGUUGCUCAAAUGGCUCCAACUGUUCAAGAACUUGCACAACUUGAGAGCAAAGCUCAGAUUGUGUAUCUGAAUCGCCAUUUCAAAAAAGUUAGAACCGUAUAAGUCUGGUGUAUGUUAAUUCAUAUAUGAUAUGAUUCAUAUAUUUUUUGUUAUUUUGUUUUAUGUCAAAAUGGUCACUAAGAACACAACCUAUUGUAAGCCAUUUAUUUAGAUUUUUAAAGCUAUCAGAUAACUUUAUGUAUUUCUUUAAUUUAUGCUAUUAAUCAGUUAAAAAUUCAAAAAAAUAAAUUUAUUGCUUACAACAUCAAAA